AUGAAUGCCAUUCCGAACACGACGGCGUCUGCGGCUGAGGAUCAGGCGAUCGAGGAGGAUCAGGAGUCCAUUCCUGAAUUCAUCGAGCCCUUCGAUUGGGAAGAGUCGGAAUCGGAAGACGAAAACCAGCAAACCUUGCCCGAAAUGGUACAAGAAAUUAUGAGAGGACUUAACGAAGCACUUACGGAAAAGGAAGAACUCAUACAGAAGCUGAAAGAAGCGGACAAGGAGAAGAAAGAACUCAAACUCAAGCUCGAUCAGAAGGAGAAGGAGAUCGAACGUGUCAAGCUGGACUAUCAGACCAAGGAAUUGGCCAAUCACAACACUAGCCAGGGAAUCAUUUCUGACUUAAGGAAUGAGAACUAUGCUCUUCGACAAGAUCUACACCAACGUGAAGGGGACCAACGCCAAACUUCUGAGGCUUUACGCAAAAGUCAGGAGGAACUACGCAGUUCAACGGACAAGAUAAAGGCGAAAGACAACGUGGAGGUAGAAAUGACUGAGGGCCUAAGGCUAUUUCUGGAGAGUCACAAGGAGGACGGGAAGUUCGUAGCUAGAAAGCGAAAGCGGACUGAUUAG